AAUCAAUACAUUUUCUUCAACAACUCUCACAGAAGAGCCAGCCAAACCUUCUUCAAUGGAAAAGGAAAAACGAGUUUAUGCAAAACCGUACGAAAGGUGCGCCGCAGAGGAAGUGAAUUUAGCGGCUACUGCGAUCAGCCUCAACGCGCGGUUGAGAUCAUCCGACAUGCCGGUAUUCAUGCAACAACGAGCUCUGCAUUUCGUCAAGUCGCUCGUUGAUUCAGCUCCCAAAACUUCGCGCAUCAAUCCCACCCAUCUCGCUCGAGCCCUCAAAAAGGAGUUUGACUGGGCGUACGGGCCGGCGUGGCACUGCGUGGUGGGAAAGAGUUUUGGGUCGUUUGUGACUCAUUCGCCCGGUGGAUUUAUGUACUUCUCGCUAGACUCGCUCUGCAUUCUUCUCUUCAAAACAGAAGUUCAACUCAUCGAAGAAACUUAACUAGUUUUGUUUCUUAUUAAUCUCUUUGGAAAAGAAAGAGUGAAUAUGGUUGAAUUGAAUGUGUCAAGAUAGGCUGUUUGUCUUGAAAUGUACAUUCACAUGAACUUCAAUGGAAUUGUAUGAACUUGUUUACUUUUUUUGG